AUGGCAUCAAAGACGGAUAUUUGUGAGUUGAUGGAUAAAUUAACGAUUGAAGUUUUGGACUUGAUGGAGGAUGAAGUGAAGCAGAAAAUUGAAAUUGAGAAGAAUUCCAACAGUGGUCAGCUACUGAUGGCCAAAGCCAGAUACAUCCAGGGUCAGCGAACUGUAUCAGCAUCACAGUUGCCCACGGAAAAUAGCGCAGAAUUCAAUGCAUUGGCAACUGUCUCAACAGACUCUCCAGAAUCACCCAGAAGAGCAUCAAAAGUUACACUGGAGCAGCAUCCCGUGGACAAGGAGAAUGGUUUCAUCGAUCCUAUAAAAUGGUUUGGAAUCCUCGUGCCACAGAGCCUCCAACUGGCUAGGAAUCGUUUCAAAAAGACCAUCGAGCUCGCCGUGGACUGCACAAAUACCCAACUGAGGCUCAAUCGCUGCAUGAACCAAUUGGAAGGCUUACGGCAAAUGAAACAGGUUGCUUCUUAAAUAUUCUGUGUUUAUUUUUAUUAUCUUCAAAUACAUAAAUAAGAUAGUUGGAAAUCA